GCCAUGCGCUUUAGGGCGAAGAUCGUGGACAUCGGGUGCCUCAACCACUUUACCCGUACGAUCAACACCAUUGCCAAGCUCACCAAGACCUGCACCCUCCGCCUCACAGUGGACAAGCUGUACUUCAUCCUGAGUGACAAAGUGGCCAAUGGAGGCGUUGGCAUGUGGUGUGAGCUCAGCCAGGGGAACUUCUUUGAAGAGUUCCAGAUGGAAGGGGUAGCUGCCGAACACAAUGAAAUUUAUUUGGAGCUGUCUCCUGAAAACCUCUCCCGAGCCUUAAAAACAGCCCAGAAUGCCAAGGCUGUGAAAGUCAAGUUGACCAACAAGCAUUGCCCCUGCCUCACAGUAGCUGUGGAACUGCCGUCCUUGUCAAGCAGUAGCCGGAUCGUGACUCAUGACAUUCCAGUGGGAGUAAUCCCAAGAAAACUAUGGGAUGACUUCAAGGAGCCAGUCGUGCCAGAUUUUGAUGUCAGCAUUUAUUUACCAGUCCUGAAGACCAUGAAGAGCAUCGUGGAGAGGAUGAAGAACCUCAGCAACUCUAUAGUAAUAGAAGCAAAUCUAAAUGGCGACAUGAACUUGAAAAUCGAAACUGAACUCGUGUCUGUCACAACUCAUUUUAAAGAACUUGGGAAUCCUCCCUGGGCAGCAGAUAAUGGCUCUCAAAGUUCUACGCAAGAGAGGGAUCCCGAGAGCAUGGCAGAGGCGCGCAUUGACAUCAAGAAGCUUCUUCAGUUACUUGCUGGGCAGCAAGUGAAUCCCACAAAAGCCCUGUGCAAUAUCGUAAGCAAGAGGAUCGUUCACUUCAUCCUGCUCCACGAGGACGUUUCCCUUCAGUAUUUCAUUCCGGCCCUUGCGUGAACUCAGUAGCCGUCCCAAGCGCUGCUGUUACCUAUGCCAGAGUCUCUCCUCAAAAUG